AUGGAAACAUCUACAAUGUUAAGGUCUGCUUGCUUUAUGUUGUUACUUGUUUGCACGCUGUGUAUUUCACCAUCUCUGGCUUCUACAGAAAAGCAGAAGCCGAUGGGUUACGAGCAGAAAUCCAUGAGGGAGAGGUACCAAAGGUGGCUGGCAAAAUAUGACCGAAGAUACAAGAAUAGAGACGAGUGGGAAUAUCGUUUUGGAAUUUACCGGUCCAAUGUUGAGCUUGUUGAUUUCAUAAACUCUCAAAACCUGUCUUACAAACUUACUGACAACAUAUUUGCAGACAUGACAAACCAAGAGUUCACAGCCACCCACUUGGGUUUUCAAGCUGCAAAAAAUCCAAAGACAAAGUUCAGGUAUGAAGGGAAGGGGGACCUGCCGACUACAGUGGAUUGGAGAAAGAAUGGCAGCGUAACUCCGGUCAGGGAUCAAGGCCGAUGCGGUAGCUGUUGGGCAUUCUCGGCAGUUGCAGCUGUGGAAGGCCUUCACAAGAUCAAAACUGGAAAACUGGUGUCACUCUCUGAACAACAGCUUGUGGACUGCGACAUAAACACUGGGAACAAAGGUUGCAGAGGUGGAUUCAUGGACAAUGCAUUUGAUUACAUAAAGAAGUACGGAAUCACUACCCGAAGAGACUAUCCCUACACAGGAUCAGAUGGCACCUGCAACAAAGCUAAGCAGAAAAACAUUACUGUGAAAAUAUGUGGCUACGAAACAGUGCCUGAUAAUGAUGAGAAAAGCCUACAAGCUGCAGUUGCUCAUCAACCUGUUUCUGUUGCAAUUGAUGCUGCUGGUUUUGCUAUGCAACUCUACUCAUCUGGUGUUUUCUCUGGCGUGCUAUGUGGUAAGAGCCUCAACCAUGGAGUCACUGCAGUCGGAUAUGGAGAAGAAAAUGGUAGCAAGUUCUGGAUUGUGAAAAACUCUUGGGGUCGUAACUGGGGUGAAUCUGGUUAUAUCAGAAUGACACGUGAUUCUACUGAUAAGGAAGGUGCUUGCGGGAUUGCUAUGAUGUCAAGCUACCCUGUUUAG